CUUGAUAAAUUCGAUUAUUACCUAUAUUUUUGUGUUUUAUAAAUUUUUCUACGGUAGCUAACUGUGUUUUACAAGUGAAUUGUGUUAUAUUGUGGCUUUUGUGAGAGUGUACUACAAAACCAAAUCGAGAUGUCUUCUAACAAAGAAGAAACUUUACGUCAAUUUUGUGAAGUUACCGGUGCAGAUGAGAACCGCAGCAAGUUCUUUUUAGAUUCUUCAAAUUGGCAACUGGAGGUUGCCCUUUCAAGUUUCUACGAGAAUGGUGGUAUAAAUGUGGAGGAAGCAGGCGGUAACGAGCCCGUGGUAGCUGCUCCCUUAUCGGACAGUGACAUGGACUCUCCACCCACUUCACCAGCACAGCCGCAGAAAAAAGACAAAAAGAAAACAAAGUCCAAGUUUGUAACAUUGAAUGAGUUGCAGGACAGUUCCAGUGAAGAUGAAGAAGGUCAAGCAUUUUACGCAGGAGGUUCAGAACGCUCUGGCCAACAGAUUUUAGGGCCAAGUAAAGGGCCUAAAGACAUUGUGACAGAAAUGUUUAAGAGUGUUAAAGAGCGAGGAGCUGUUGUGUUUGAUGAGGAGCCAUCUUCAACUAGCCGUGGUGGAAGGGGAGGAGGUGCAUUUAGUGGAGUUGGAUAUAGAUUAGGUCAGACAGAUGAUGAUCAUGAGCCUGUAAAUGAACCAACAAAUGCACAGACACAGUCUGGUCCGCGGUCGGUGCGGCUGCGUCUGUACCGCGAGGGGUUCACCGUGGACGGCGGGCCGCUGCGGCUGUACAACGACCCGCCGGAGAACGCCGAGUUCCUCAGCUGUAUUAGGAGAGGCGUGAUCCCGGCGGAGCUGUCGAGCGCGGGCGGCGAGGUGCGGCUGAGUCUGGAGGACCACCGGCACGCGGACUGCCCCGCGCCCGCCUCCGCCAGACACCAGCCCUUCAGCGGCAAGGGACACAUGCUCGGCAGCCCAACGCCGGCGACAGUGGGCGCGACGGUGCCGGUCGCGGCGGGCGUGCAGGACCGCGAGGCCAACCUCCGCGCCGCGCAGGACGCGCUCGCCGUCGACGACGCACACCCCACUACUAACGUGCAGUUCCGGCUAGCUGACGGCAGCCGCCUGACGGGUCGGUUCAACCACACGCACACCGUCGGCGAUCUGCACGCGUUCGUGUCGCGUGCCGAACCGCUCUACCAGCUGCGGCCGUUUGUGCUGCUCACCGCCUUCCCCAGUGUGGAGCUGGCGGAUCAGACCGCUACGCUGGCGUCGGCUAAUCUACUGAAUACCACUGUGCUGCAGCGCCUCAAGUAGAAUAGACGCGUCGUUGGCGGACGCGGCGAUUGAUCGCGGACGCGUCAAUGUUUCAUUGUGAUCGCGUAUGUUUUAUAAUGGACGCGGCAUAUUGUUUGUCGUGGAUGUGCGUGUUUUUUGCGAAAGUGAACUCACAGUCGCGGACGUGAAAUUGAUAAUGCGUCUGCAAUGCUGUCACCUCUUGCGUUUUAUUGUUGGAAUAUCGAAUAAUUCCUAAAAAAAUAGUAAAAAAGAUCACGGAGUAGAAAAUAUCUGUAUAUUUAUUUACUUUGUGCCAAACGUUUCGUCGCAGCUGUCUGUACUCUGUAUGACGAAAUUCUCUGUGUUUCAUUGACACGACGUAAAUAAAUUAUCUCGUAACGUCUCCUACUUAAAGCCAAGUACGGCGAUUUUCUACCGUUCGCAUAUUCCUACUUUUAUACGCCAGUGGGAUGUUUUAUUUGAAAUUGUAUAUUUAUUUGUACGGCACUGAUAACAAUAAAUAAGA